UGAUUAUAAAAUUAUAGAUAUAAUCAAAAUUUUGGUGAUUUCAAUUGAAUUUCUCUUCCUGGUAAUCAGUUUUAUUUAAACCAUUUGGAGAUAAUAUGAAAUUUGUUUUGAAAAUCAAAAUGAUGCGCUAUUGUAUUACCUAUUUGUAUUUUAUAUAUAUCGCAAUCUUUAAUAUUAUUUAAGUUUAUUCUUCGUAUAUUACGAAUCAUAUAUUUUCGAUUAAAAUAUACUAUGCUAUAUGAAUACUGAUUAUUCAUUGUUCUUUAACAUAUAGAUGGUGCUGCAAUCUAAUUAUACGCAGAUCAUUAAAAAUUAUAAUUCUUUCAUUGACAAUAUGAAUUUUUAUUUUAAAAUAUAUGUGAAUGUAAAAUAUAUGUGAUCGAAUUUUUCUAGAGCAUUAUUGUAUUUAUAAUUAAUAAAUAUGUAAAAGUAAAUAGUAACGAUUGCAGAAGUUUUCAUGUUGAAAACUAACAAAGUAUCGUACAUAACAACGUAUUAUAUUAGUUACCAGAAUUAUAAUUAAAUUGAAAUCUCGAAUAAAUGUCUACAGCAUAUUUAACAUAUUUUGGCAAAAAUGAUUUUUAAGUUACAUUGUUCCAUAAGUUUUAAACUCCUCGCGUGCUUCUUAUGUUUAUUACAUUACAUCACCUUCUGGCGAAAUAUCUGCAGCAAGUUUGCGUGUAUGAAGACGACCGACAAGAAUCGUAGAUUAACGUCUAUAGUCUAUACAAAUGAGGAGCAAGAAACGUAAUAAUAUAAAUUUUCAAGCAUUCUUUACACAAAAAGCAAACUGUUUCUAAUAAACGUUUUCGAAUAGAAUUUUUUUUCCCAUUUCACUUUUCUUUGCUCGUUUAUCUUUAACCGUGAUUUUUUAAAAAAACUCUCAAUAGGCAAACUUGAAAGUAAAAAGCAUACACGAAACAAAACGGCGCUUGCUCAGGUUCGCAGAGUGGCUGGGCAUGCCUAGUAGCGAUGCGACAGGAACGUGAAGUUGGAGGAACGCCGUUGGUAGGAAUCUCGUUAAAAUAAAACUUCGAUUUUCUGUUGCUUUGUACGUACACUAUCGCUCGGGAAUUAUUCUCAGUGGUGGCGCAAUAGCGAAGUGCCGUCGGAACGCGGUGUCUGCAGUCAAGUCAGUCGCUUUGCCGGCUGUUAGUGUUGUUGGUGCAUCGUCGAGAGUGGCCUCGCUCCGAGAGGCACAGGAUAUUGAUUUGCACGCUGUCUCGUACGAUUUUCAAUUCAGGAUCAACCGUGGUGCUUCUCGUACCCCUUGAAACGAGUAAGUUCCGAGGUACGGGUACCAGAACUCAGCGAACAGACUGGGUGACGCUGGAUCAUGGAUGUUACACUUUUGCUGUUAGCUCUGGGUGUUAUUGCUGCGAUGUUCGGUGUUGUGGCGACGAGGUUCGGUUUCCCUGGGUUCAACAAGAUUGCCCAGGUCGCGCUUGCUUUGGCCUUACUUCCAGUUAUCUGCAAAUUUCAUCGGAAGCUAUAUAUCAUUUGCAAAGUUCUACCUCGUGACCUGAAAUUCCUGUAUCGUGCUGUUACGGCAGAAAUCGAAAUAAAAGGGCAACGUCGAAACAAUAUGACCGUCGUGAAGGUUUUUAAGAAAAGAGUGGAUCGUUAUCCUAACAAGCCUUGCUUCUUCUUCGAGGAUCAAGUUUGGACUUAUUCCGACAUUAACAAAUAUAGCAACCAGAUAGCAUAUAUUUUUCAAAAAGCUGGUUACGUAAAAGGAGAUGCUGUGGCCUUAAUGAUGCCCAAUAGACCAGAAUAUGCCGCGAUUUGGCUUGGCCUGGGAAAACUCGGUGUCGUUACCGCACUGAUUAACACGAAUUUGCGUCUCCAGUCUUUGAUUCAUUGUCUUCGUAUCGCUGAAGUGAAGAGUAUCAUUUACGUGGAAGAAUACUCGUCUGCCGUCGAUGACAUUAUGGACUCGAUCCAGGGAAUCGCGAGAUACAAAGUAUGUUUCAAGUCUGAAACCUGUGAGAACGGAGUGUACGAUUUGAACAAACUUAUAUCGGAAGCCAGCACGAAUGAGCCUGUCGUAAAAGACGAACCCAAUUACCGGGAUAAACUGCUAUACUUUUACACAAGCGGUACCACUGGUUUACCGAAAGUUGCAAUAGUUCUCAAUUCGAGAUACUUGCUGGUCGUAAUGCCCUUUAAUUUGGUGGGCUUGAGAUCGGGUGAUAUCCUAUACAAUCCAAAUCCCUUGUACCAUACUGCUGGUGGAAUGCUUGGAGUAGGUUUCGCAAUUCUGAAAGGUAUACCAACCGUGUUAAGGACCAAGUUUUCAGUGUCGGCUUAUUGGACAGAUUGCAUCAAAUAUAAUUGUACCGCAGCACAAUACGUCGGUGAAAUGUGUCGUUACUUGCUGAAUGCACCCCCCAAACCGGAAGAUAAUGCGCAUCGUUUGAGACUCAUGUUUGGAAAUGGCAUGAGGCCGCAGAUUUGGGGCGAAUUUGUCAAACGCUUCAACAUUAAACGAAUUUCCGAAUUCUACGGAUCUAGCGAGGGCAAUGCUAACAUUGCUAAUUUAGACGGUCGAACUGGCGCCGUCGGUUUUGUGCCACUAAUUGUGCCACGAGUGUUUCAUCCUCUAGCAAUUAUCCGCGUAAAUAACCAGACAUACGAGCCUGUUAGAGGAACCAAUGGCUUAUGUAUAAGAGCAGAAACAAAUGAGCCAGGCAUGUUCAUAGGAUUAAUAAAAGAAGGAGACGCGUUAAGAGAGUUCAAUGGAUAUCUGGAUAAAGAAGAAUCGAAAAGAAAAAUAAUACAAGAUGUGUUUGUGAAAGGUGAUAAGGCCUUUCUAACAGGUGAUAUUUUAGUAGAGGAUGAAUGCGGUUAUAUCUAUUUCAAGGAUAGAGUAGGCGACACGUUUAGGUGGAAGGGAGAAAACGUUGCUACUGCAGAAGUGGAGGGAGUUAUCAGUAAUAUUGCAGGAAAAAGAGACGCUACCGUUUACGGAGUUCAGGUGCCUGGAAUGGAAGGAAGGGCAGGAAUGGCAGCGAUAGUUGACCCAGACAGCCUUCUGGAUUUCAAAGCUCUUGCAGAAGGUUUAGAGAAAGCACUGCCAGCAUACGCUAGACCAAUCUUCUUGCGAAUUGUGAAAGAACUGGAAAUAACAGGGACAUUUAAGUUGAAGAAGAUGAACCUUCAAAAGGAAGGUUUCGAUCCGAGCAAAAUUCAAGACAAGAUGUACUUCUUAUCCGGUAACAAAGAAUACGUCGAAAUCACGCCAGAACUUUAUCAAGAAAUUAUUUCCGGAUCGAGAAAGUUCUAGUUGUAACAUUAACGCUUGGCGAGCGACACUCAAUUGUCGAAUAUACUUGUAAAACGAGUACAUAUAUAACUUUUUUUACAACAUGAAUAUGACUUUCUGCACGCGCCUUGUAGAUACAAUGCAUAGGAUAUUAUGUAAUAACAUCAGGCAUGUUAAACCAUAGAAUUAUAGGCGGAUGUUUUUUGAACUUAUGAAAAGAAGGGGAGAGAGUUAUUUUUACGAGGGCUCAAAAAUAGGAAAAAGAGAUAAGCGGAAAAGAAAUUACAUUUUUGUCAUCAACGACGGGAGACGAAUAUGGUGACAUGUUCCUGUUUAUUUUAUAAAUACUGUGUAUAUUUUUAAUCAAACGAAACGGUCCGUAGUAUAAGACAAAUUGGCAUUGUAGGUAGGAAGAUAGCAACGAAUAAAGUCAUUCUUAACACGUAAUGCUGAUUUUUCAUCAGAAAUACCUUAUUUAAGCAUAUAGAAAUUUCUCAGGUCUUUAGAUAAUUCUACCUGCGACUAUAAAACAAUCAAAAAGAAAUAAAUUACUUACGUCUGCAGUAUUUAGAUUACAUGUAAUUUGUCACCUCGUAUAUCGUUUGCAAAUUUAUUAUUUAUACGCAUAUGUUUAUUGAAUUUGCACUCGUCCCAUUUGCGUUUAUACCAAAAUGCCGAUAGAUUAAAAACAAAAUGUGAAUAUACACGAUGAUUAAGCAUAAUAUUAUAUGUAAGCUCAACUUAUUCUACUAGCUCCGUCAAGAUAUGAUAGAUGUAUAUAAGUUUGUUAAAAAGAAUUGACAUUUAAUCAAACAUAAUUUCACUUCCACUCUAAACUACUUAAAAGUAAUACAUAGUUUGUUGUACUUAGAAGUCUGUAUUUGUAUACAUAUAUGUUUUAAUAGCGCACUACAUUGUCCAUAUACUCGACCAAAGUAAUGGUGCAACUAAUUAUUUUAAAUAAUAUUUAUUUUAAUGAAAUAUUAAAUUUUUGUUUUUCUGUAUGUAUAAUCUUCGUAGAUUUGAUACUUAAAAUAUCGUAUAGACGUUCUCGAUUCUGAAAUAUCUGAACAAUAUUCACGUUAAAAUUUGUAUAGACGAUUGAUAAAAUUAAAUUACGUAUUUUACAAAAUUUUAUCAGUGAUCUUAUUAACUAAUUAAUUUGUUAUUUAAUAACUGUUUAACGAUUUGUGAACAAAGACUCUGUUUAUAUUUUUAUAUAUAAAAAAAAUUGCAGUUGUAUUCAAUAUCUGAUAAAUCUAAAAAUUAGUAUUUCAAAAUGAUAUACGUCGUAAAACUUUCCUGAUUUGAAUAUCAUUUGGAAAUUAAAGUACUUUAAAUUACUAGUUUUAUUAUUUAUUAGAUAUUACCGACUUGUAUAUUAUUAGUCAAUAUGGUAUUGAUAUAGAUUGUUGUAAAUAAAUAAUUACACUUUAUAUAA